AUCAAACACACCUUUUUCGCAAGUCACGUGCUAGUGCCAGGUCAAUCCGCGCUCACACCCAAGAAACACCCGAGGCUGUUGUUGUACUGUUCGCUGUAUCUCCCACUGUUUACUACAAGACAGAGCGAAGAAGAUAACCAAGGGUCGCCAUGGCAGAAGGAGCUACAAAGUGCAUCAAGUUCCUUGUCUUUUUUUUUAACUUCCUCUUUUUCCUUUUUGGGAUUGCGCUGGUUGGGUACGGAGCAUAUGCUGAGAUCAAGUUUGGUCCGUAUAUCUCCAUCUCGUCCAAUGAUUUCAUGAGUGGCUCUCGUCUGCUUAUUGCAGUGGGAUGUAUCAUUACCAUCAUCGCCUUUUUUGGCUGCUGUGGUGCCUGGAAGGAGAAUAAAUGCAUGCUUAUAUUGUUCUUUAUUUUGCUGCUGAUUGUUCUUGGCCUCGAGAUUGCGGCUGCAGUUCUUGGGUAUAUCAAUAAGGACAAGAUCCAGAGUGAUCUGACAGACGACAUCAUAAGGAACAUCAAGGAGUAUCCAAAGAACAACAAAGCCGCGAUUGACGCUAUGCAGAUGGACUUUGAAUGCUGUGGAGCUAAAGGUCCUUCUGACUGGACUUUGUAUGGACAAAUGAAAUACAAAGCUGGCCCUGGCUCGUGCUGUGGUAAACCAGAUAAUGAUGCUUGUCUCCCAGGGACCCGAAACAGUAAGGGUUGCUUUGAGGCGAUGAAGGACUUUGUAAAUGACAAGUUGAUCAUCAUUGCUGGGUUGGCCAUCGGACUUAUCGUUAUCCAGAUUCUUGGCAUGAUCCUGGCCAUGACGCUGAUCUGCAGAAUCCACAAGGGAUCCUACGCGUAGUCAAGGCAACUAUUACGUCAUGGCGAUUUCUCUUAUGCACGUGGCGCGUUAAAAGAGAUGUAUAUGCUAGUUCAUUUACGUCAAUAACUUAAUUAAAUAAUCAAGUUACCUUUUAAUAUAGAUAUUGUACGAAACAAGUUAUUCUAUUCACCCUGGAACCGCUAAACAGAACUGGUCGCAUACGCAGUUCUCACCCCUUUUAUGCAAUGCGCUUGGGCUUAGUGGUGGGUUCUGAGUGAACGCGCAUUGCGUCACAGAGGUCAAAACGAAUGGGUAAGCGAAUGAUACAGCUCAAUCUCAGAAAGCAAACGGAGGAGUAAAGGAAAAUGAGAUUGGGACGUGAUUUUCUUGUAUAAUGGAACCGUUGGAUUUUACUGUUAGAAUGGAAACCACAGGUUUUGUACUUGUACAAUGGAACAGUGAAAGAUUUCCUGGUAGAAUGGAACCGGAGGUAAAAACUUUUGAUUUACUUGUUGAUAACACGGAAACCAGGAAACAAUACACAUACAUGAGUUUUAAGAAAGGAUAAAAUAAUUUUCUAAAAAUAACAAUAAACUUGUAUUGACUGGA